AUGGACCCAGCAUCAGAAGAGUGGGAGCUCUGCAACGACGAUGGCUUCAUUUACAAGCGAAAGAAGCGGCGGCUCGACGAACCAUCGUCCUCUCGACCCACAGAUCCUGAAGAAGAAGAAAGGCAACGAAAAGAACGCAAGAGAAAAGCGUUGUUGAAGCUCAAAAAACAUUACCAGAAAGAGAUCAAUAUGUGGGAACUUUUGUCCACUACUUUGUAUGCAAUGCAAGAGAAGACGCAAGAUAAACGACUCCAGAACUUGGAGGAAAUGCCCUCGUUUCUGGAUUCGGCUUCGAACCUCGUUGAGGAGACUGAAACGGGUUGUGGGUCACUAGUUGAUAAGCUUAUUUUGCUGGUAAUUGGGUCAAAUUCUGAUUUCUACUUAAAUGUGAUGAAUGUGAGAGUUGGGGCUAGUAGAAGCCCAGAAGCGAUAAUUCAUGAUGUUUCGAAUUUGUGCGAUGUGGCAGAAGCAAUGUGCAACGCGCAAGAGGAACAGUUAAAGCAAUCCUUCCUCGAUCUUCCUGUCUGGUCUUCACCACAGGAGCUCAUGGCUUCACUGUGUGAUGCGAUUAUCUGUGAUUUUGCAGGUGUUGUAUUGUAUCUGAAUAUUGAAGGAGAGACAGUGAGGGUGAGAAAAUUGUUAGCAGGAGCCUGA